AUGAUAUCAUCAUUUAUCUAUAUCUUAUUGUUGGGAUUAUCCCUGAAUUUUAUUAAUGGACAGGAAAUAUCCUCCAUUUAUUAUCUUCCAAAUGGAAGGGCAUCUGUGAAUGGAACUGGCCUCUCAUCAGUGUCCAAUGUGUUUGUGAGACAACAUUUGAAUGGUGGAGGUGAGAUCUUGAGAAACUUGACCAUCAUGAACAAGACUGAUGUGAAUAUUCUCGUUGGAUUCAAUCAGACCAUAUCUGUGUUCAAUGGUGAGAUAGACCUUUGUGAUGCCUCAAAUAAUUGUACAACAUAUCAAUGGAAUCCUGUCAUUAUUACAUCAGUCAACUCAAUACCAACUGAAGGAGGUGUGAUCUCAGUAUCUGGAGAGUACCUUCUGCAAAGCAACUAUUCAACUCCAAACACUUUGGAGUUUGGCUCAUUCAUCAUUCUCAAUGAGACUCGAUCAAAUAACAAUGGUACAAUCAGCAUGUACAACAUGACAACAAGCAAUGCCGAGAUGAUCCCAACAAGAUCCACCAAUAUCUUGAUAACAAUCAGGGGUACACAAUAUCAACAAUUGAUGAACUUCAAAGAUUGGACUGGUUCCAACAACAACUUGUCAUCAAUGGAAGUAGUUUUGGAUCAACGAAGGAUGAUAUCAGUGUCAUGA